GAGACGUGCAUUGGGCGGGGUCUGCGGUUCCUUUACAUUUCCCUUCCCCUUCUUCUUCCGACCUGGCAUGGCCUGUUUGAAUAUGCAAUGUAUAGCGGCACAGCGGCAUUGGACCUUGUCUCUUCUUCUUUUCCAAUCUCUCAUGGCGAUAUAAAACGACUCUUCUAUAGAUGGACGCGGCGAUGCUGGUUGGCCAUCUUUCUUUCUUCUGUAGGGUCUAGGGCUGCGAUUCCCGGCGCACUGGCGUGUGACGCCCCUCUCCGUCCCGCGACGCGCGUGAUUGCGCGGCAUAGCUAUCGAUGAAUGAACACACAUUUUAAGCAGUACCACUCCCUAAACGGGAAGCAUUACUGCGCUUGACGAUUGACCUGCACAGCCAGUAUGCAGCCCUACAGCACAGCUCAGCCUCAGCACACACA